UCCUGCCCAGGCUGCAUACACGUGGCCUCAGAGGGGAGGGGAAGGGGGCUCCGGGAACCAUCGCAUCCCUGCCCGGGGGGUGCCCGCGCCCUGCGCCCGCUGAGUGUGGCCAGCGCUCCCGGCGCUGUAGUUGUUGGGGUUGCAGGAGGUCCGCGCCGGGAGACUCCAACAAUGUCUCAUUUCAACAAAGCCGAGCAAGAUGACUGGAUGACUGUUUAUCUGAAGUAUCUCUUGUUUGUGUUUAAUUUCUUCUUCUGGGUGGGUGGUGCUGCAGUGAUGGCUGUUGGCAUAUGGACCCUAGUUGAAAAAAGCGACUAUCUGAAUAUCCUGGCAUCUAGUACAUUUGCCGUGUCUGCAUACAUCCUGAUCUUUGCAGGAGGUCUUGUGAUGAUUACAGGUUUUCUGGGAUUCUGUGCAAUCAUCAGGGAACAAAGGAGCUGUCUUUCCGCACUAAGCCAGGUGCUGAAACAGCACCUGACCCGGACCCUGACUGAGAAUUAUGCUCUUCCUGGGAAAACACAGAUCACACAUUCCGUCGAUCGCCUGCAGCAAGACUUCAAGUGCUGUGGCAGCAAUAGCUCUGAUGAUUGGCAGCACAGUAUCUAUAUCCUGUCUGAAGAGUCCAGUGGCCGAGUGGUACCAGAUAGCUGCUGUAAAACAGUCACCUUCAAAUGUGGGAAGAGGGAUCAUCCAUCUAACAUUUACAAGGUGGAGGGAGGAUGCAUUACAAAACUGGAAAAGUUCCUGGCAGAUCACCUUUUGAUAAUGGGAGCUGUUGGCAUAGGAGUAGCUUGCCUUCAGAGCUGUGGGAUGAUUUUUACCUGCUGUCUACACGGAAGAAUUAAAAUGAACUCCUACUGAAGACUAAAAGUCUCCGCUCUCUUUGCCUUAAUGCACAAUCUAGAGAAGCAACAUUUCAACGUGUAUCAGUGUCAGUAUUACCUGUGCAUGCUUAAUGGGCCAUAUUUAUAGCCUCCUUCUCUGUUCAUGUUGAUAUGCCUUAAAUUGAGAUGAAUUUUAGCAAGGUCACUGCCUGGAACACUUUGCAAUCUACCUUGAAAUAAUUCUUAACUGAGAAGAGAAAAAAAUAUUUUCUAUUGUUUUCUGGACACGAUUUUUUUUUUAAAGCGUUACUACUUUUAUGCAGUAUGGUUUGUAAAGACAUUCUUUUGUAGCUCCACAAUCUGCAUCAUGCAGUAACAGGUUAUCCUCUACAUAGUCAUCCCAGAUAUUCUUAGUUUAACAGAAAUAUCUUCAUGACUGUAGGAUAAUGUAACUUGAGCAACUAGCUUUAUUUUUGGAAAUGGAGGGAUUUUUUUAUAUUUCAUAACAAUGCCAACUUUUUGCUUUUUAGUUUUGUUUUUUUUCCAGUCUGUGUCUGUCUCCCCCUCCCUCCAGGACUCCCUCCUUGCAGUCACAGCACCUUUUGUGUCAGACAGGGGGUAAUAGACUGGCCCUGCUGCCAGAGCUGCACCAGGAAUAGCCCAGCAGAGGGUACUAGAUGAGUAGACUGGCUGCAUUUCAGCUAGAUUUGAUUUAGAACAAUGGUUCUCAGACUGUGGGUCGGGACCCCAAAGUGGGGGCGCCAGGGCUGGCUUAGACUUUCUGGGGCUUGGGGCUGAAGCCCGAGCCCCAGCUCCCAGGGCUGAAGUGGCUCAGGUUAGAGCAGGGGUCUCAAACAUGUGGGUCGCAUUUCCUGCGGCCUGUGCUCCCCCCCAGCCCACCUCCAGGCCAGGGGUGAGCAAACUACAGCCCGCGGGCCGAAUCCGACCGGCGGGCUUGCCCCCGCCGCUCCCUGAAGUGGCCGGCACAACGUCCCUGCCGCCCAGGGGGAGGGGCAGAGGGCUCAGUGCGUUGCCCUGGCUUCCAGGCACCGCCCCACGCAGCUCCCAUUGGCCAGGAACGGGGAACCGCAGCCAGUGGGAGUUUCGGGGGAGGUACCUGGAGGAGCAGCAAAAGCAGCGCACGGAGCCCUGUGCCCCCACCCACACCCCUCCCUCCCCUGGGCCGCAGUGACAUGGUUCUGGCUGCUGAGCGGAGCUGGCAGGCAGGGAGCUGCCAUCCCGGAGCCGCUCUAGGUAACCCCAAGCCCCUGCCCUGAGCCCCCUGCCUGCACCCCAACCCCAUGCUGCACCCCAACUCCCUGCCCUGAGCCCCCUGCCUGCACCCCAACCCUCUGCCAUACCCCGCACUCCCUCCUGCACCCCAACUCCCUGCCCUGAGCCCCCGCCACACCCUGCACCCCUCCUGCACCCCCUGGGGGCAGAGAGGGGCCAGAGUUGGGGUGGGGACUUCGGGGAAAGGGUUGGAAUGGGGGCAGGGAAGGGGUGGGAAGAGGCGGGGCAGGGGCGGGGCCUCAUGGAAGGGAUGGAGUGGGGGCAGGGCCGGGGGCAGCGGGGGUGGGGGUGUCAGUGAUGCGGCCCUCGGGCCAAUGUACUAGUCCUCCUGUGGUCCUCGUGGUCAUUUGAGUUUGAGACCCCUGGGAUAGAGGCCCCCUGCCUGGGGCUGAAGCCCUUGGGCUUUGGCCUCCCGCCCGGGGUGAUGGGGCUUAGGCUCAGGCUUCAGCCCCCCCGCACCGGGGGUCCUAUAGUAAUUGUUGUUAUCAGAAGGGGGUCGUGGUGCAAUGAAGUUUGAGAACCCCUGAUUUAGAAGUAUGUUCAAUUAUAAUGUAGGGCCUCUGGGAAGAUUUUGAGUAGGAGGCAACAGUGGGAGCGCAUCCGCUUUUGCAUUGCCUCUUGUUGCUGUUCCAUAUUUAUCCGAAGUGCCUCCAUUACACCUUUUAGCUUUACUGCUUUAUUGCAGACUACCAGCACAAACCUAACUGAUAGAAGAGGAGAUUUUGUGCACAGCUUAGGGAUCCUGAUUCAGAGGAGAAAAAUCUCUUUUUCCAAAGAUUCUGAAAUACUACACUACAUCAUUCAACUGUUGUCUGUCAUCAGAAUAAGAUGCAUUAUAUUAACUCCACUUAGGUAUAAGGGUUAUUUUGCUAACGAACCUUAUAGUUACGCAGAAUAAAUAAAAAGAAAUAGCAUUAAAAACAAAGCUGAAUUGCUGUCACUUUGCUGUGAUUGCCAAAUUGCUCAGAAACCACUUUGAUGAGCACAGGAUGGGUACAUGAUUAGAUAGCUGGAAUGGGUGCCUAGAUGGAACAGAUGGCUAGAGGUGUAAUCAAUUUUCUCUCCGAUUCUCUCUUUCAGGACAGUGAAAUUCUUUCAGUAAAAAAUGAUUCUGCUGCCACAUAGUUAGUUCUUGAUUACGCAGUUGCAAAAUAGAAGGAAACACCCACUUCUUUAUAUAUAAUUUAAAAAAUACACUUGUAAUUUUAUGAGAGAUUCGACAGUUUUGCAAAAUACAAGUGAACCCAAAGUAGAUGCAGUUUCACAAAUUACACUUGGGUGUGUUACUUGACACUUGAUUACUAUUACUUAAAUAUGUGUAAGAAUAGUCAUUUUUCUAUUGCCAGCAAUACCUCUGAGACUUGUUUUAAGAUAAACUGUAAGAAAAGAUACUUUAUUUAAGGACAACUUUAUAUAUGUUGUUUUGUGUGUAAUAUUAAUGAUUUUCAGAUUCUCAUAGCCUUAUAUGCCUCUGUAACACAGUCAUUCCAGCUAGCUAUAUUCUAUGGACCUGCUACUUCACUGAGGCUAUGUCUACACUACAAAUUACUUCAGUAUAACUUACAUCGCUCAGGGGUGUGAAUAAGCCACAACCCCUGAGCAACAUAAGUUACACCGACCUAAGUGCUGGUGUAGACAGCGCUAUGUCGACUGGAGAGCUUCUCCCGUCGACAUAGCUACCACCUCUCGAGGAGGCACGAGUUAUUGAGCUGAUGGGAGAGCUCUCUCCUAUCGGCUUAGAGCAUCUUCACCAGAAGCGCUACAGCGGCAUCGGUGCGGCUGCGCUCCUGUAAAUGAUGUAGUGUAGGCAUAGCCCAAGUUAUAUUUGGCGUCUUUUAAAUCACUGGCUGUCUCUUUAACUCAGCUGCCAGGUUUUUACCAGCAAUUGUUUGCUAGUUCCCACCUCCUUGUUUUACAGAUUAACACCAGUAAACUUCUGUUUGAGGCUAGGACUGCCAAACAGCAUAGGUUAGGGAAAGGUGGGAGGCAAUGCAUGCAUUUGAGGUAAAGGGUCGUUUAUGACAUAUUUGGUGAUCCUGUGUGUGCACCUCCAUCAACAACCAGCUGAAUAAUCCCUAUUACUUUUAUUUUUAACCUACUUGAGAUAAAACUCUAUUGAUACAACCCAUUACUUUACCUGAACUUACUAUUUUUGUAUUAUUUAUAUUACCAUGAGGCCUAGACACUCUAGUCAUGGACCAGAACCCCAUUAUGCUAGGCACAAUACAAAUGCAGAACCAAAAAACCCCUAUCUCUGCCCCAAAGAGCUUACAAUGUCAGUAUUAGACAAGAGAUAACAGGUAAAGACAGACCAAUGGGGGAGUACAAGGACACAGUGAGACAAUGCUGGUCAGCAUGAGAGGAAGUGAUCUCAGCAUACCUGCAGCCUAAACUGUUGUAAAGUUUCUUAUAGUCAUCCCAGCAAAGGAGAGGUUUAAGGAGGGUUUUGAAGGAGGAGGAGGAGGUAGCUCUGUGGAUGUUUAUGGGGAGCGCCUCCAAACAUGAGGGGCAGCAUGGGAGAACGCACAAAGGUGCUUGUUCGAAAAUUUAACAAGUGGGCAAUUGAGGCUGGUAUCCUGGGCUGAAUGGCAAUGGGAGUCAGCAUCUUGAUACCGAAUGAGAAAUGAUAGGAAGGGCUAGGCUGAGAAGCCGUAUGUUUGUUGCAAUGGUAAGUAGAACCUGUUCGUUUUUAUAGCAGUGCAAACAGAUACUCAAGCAGCCUUCCUCUAUGUCGUAGGCUACUGUCCAUGUUAUCCAUGCUAAAUAAUGUGACAGCUGCAAAUGAAGGGCUAAUGAAAGGAAGUAUAACAGGGUGACAGAUUCCAGGGCUUUUCUGCUGCAUUAUCUUGAGUCAGAUGCUUGGACCGUACAUAUAUCUGACAAGGUGUUUUUACUGAGUCAUUCUGAGGUUACAAGAGGUCCAGUUAGCUCCAUUCAAGAAAUAUAAGAUGAGUUGGAGCUUCUCCCUGACAGAGAAGGAACAAGUGGCUGGGUCAGACGAGAUCUGCAGGGCAAACCCCAUGAACAGCCAAUUUGGGGAUGAAAGCAGCAUAGAUUGAAGUGUGUUUUUCACUGAUAUUUGUUACCCAUAAAGUUACAUUCCAGGAAGGAGGUAAGACUCAGAUCUAGGAACUGACAUCAUGUGGGCAGACUGUCAAUUGUAGGAUUGAGGCCUAAAUUUGUACUUUAUAAAAUGUGAGUGUAUUCUGUCCAGGCCAAAUUGUGAACAUCACCUCCUUACAGACAGCAAGUAGCUUUUUUGUUGAUAAAAGUAGCUUUUGCAUAACGGUGGUGUAGAAUUCAUCAGGAUAUUAACUGACUGCUUUAAAAAAAAUUCAAAGUGGAAAGUGUCACUUUGCACAGUGGCUUUCAUUUCGUGUUAGAUAAAGUCUCGCUAGCUCUCAAAAAGGGGCUGCACAAUCAAAAGUACAGCUGGAGAGGAUAUUAAACAAUAUAAAGAACUAAGCCUCAAACUUGUAUACCGUCUAAAGCAGUGGACACAAAUAUGCCCCCCAGUCAGACAUAAAAUUCAGUGGAGGAAAAGCACUUUUGCCAUAUUAUACUUUUAUAAAAUACACAUUAUCAGCUUGUUUGAAAUUGUAAUGUAAACAGUCCAUCAGUUAGAGUAAUGUAAAAAUGCUGCAUUACGUUAAUAGCAGAGUCCAGAACUCCAGCAUAACAGCUGUUACACCAACUUUUGCCUUGUCAAAAAAUCCCAGUGUAUCUUACUGUGCCUAUUUCUUGCCAUAUUUGACUGAUUGUUAUGCUGUUCUCUGUGGUACUAUAAUCUUUCAGUGAAUAAAGGCAUAGAAUUUAAAUCAGAACUAAGUCCCAUAAGUACAUUUUAUUUCAUUUCAGUGAAAUAGAAAUUGUUUUUUUAGUCCCUGGAUGGUAAAAAUUUCCCUUAUCAAAAACCCUAUGGAAUUGUACUGAAUAGACAUUAUAGCCCUGCUAUAGUAUGGCUCUUCACUCUAUUAAAAUCAGUAGGUUAGUACAGCAGUUUCUAAAGAAUUCUAAUGGUUUCAUCGCCAUUAAAUUUGAAAGGACUUUAAGGGUUGAGAGCAUGGUCUGGUGGAUUGGGCAUUGGACUGGCAGAUGGGAAAAUCUCAGGUUUGCCACCAAUUCACUGUGCAGUGUUGAGUAUGUCACAGCUCUGUGCCUCAGUUUCCCCUCUCUGGGAAAUGGGGAUAAUGCUAAUUACUCACCAGAGUACAGUAUUUUGAAAACUAUCAAUAAAAAGCAGCUCAAUAUUAACAACAAAUAGAUAUUUUUCUGUGCUGAUUGUACUGUAAGUAAAGCAAAAGUGUGCUCCUAUACUAGUUGCAGGUAAGGUGUCUGAUGUAGUAACAAAUGUUAUUCCUCAUUUCUCUGCCUAAGCACUUUCUCAUUUUGUGGGGACACUACCAGCCCUAAAUAGAUUUAUGGCACAUCUGUUCCAGUGCAGUCUCAUUUUGUUUCCUUGCCUUAGAAGCAAUCUGCUAUUUGA